UCUCUCAUCUCAAAAUCCUCUCUGUUUCUAAAUUGUCUCCUAUAUUUCUUCCACUUAUUGUCACUCGUUCACUUUGCUUAAACUAUUUCUUGAUUUUUCAUAGAUUAAUUACUAUGCCUUCAAGAUUGGUAGAUGCUUUUAAAUCCCACCCAGUUCAUCUCCACGACAAAUUUCUUGAUUUUGAUUCUCUUCAAGAACUGCCUGAUUCCUACAAAUGGACACAACCUGAUGAUGAUCACCACCACCAAAACCCUCCUUCCUCUGCUGGUGGUGGUGCCGGUCAAGAAUCGGUUCCGGUGAUCGACCUUUUAGACCAUAAUGCCCUUAAGAAUAUAGGGCAUGCAUGCAAAACUUGGGGCGUUUUUCAUGUGACUAAUCAUGGUAUUCCUGCUAGUCUUCUUGAAAACAUUGAGAAAGCUAGCAGAAAUCUUUUUUCUUUGCCGGUUCAUCAGAAAGUUAAAGCUGCUAGAUCAGCUGAUGGGAUUUCUGGUUAUGGAAUUGCAAGAAUUUCUUCCUUCUUCUCUAAACUUAUGUGGUCUGAAGGAUUUACCAUAGUUGGAUCUCCUAAAGACAAUUUUCAAAAACUUUGGCCUCAAGAUUAUACCAAAUUCUGUGAUAUAGUUGAAGAAUACCAGCUAGAAAUGCAAAAGCUUGCAGCUAAAUUGAUGUGGUUAAUGUUGGGCUCAUUAGGCAUAGCUAAAGAAGAUGUGAAAUGGGUUGGCCCAAAAGGAGAUUUCAAAGAACCUUCUGCUGCUGCAUUACAAUUGAACCACUACCCGGCUUGCCCCGACCCGGAUCAAGCCAUGGGUCUUGCUGCCCAUACUGAUUCAACCAUACUCACUAUUCUAUACCAGAAUAAUACAAGUGGGCUGCAAGUACAAAGAGAAGGAACCGGGUGGGUUACCGUUCCGCCUAUUCCGGGUGCUCUUGUUGUCAAUGUAGGAGACCUUCUUCACAUCCUAUCGAACGGGUUAUACCCGAGUGUUCUCCAUCGGGCGGUAGUUAACCGGACCAAGCUUAGGCUAUCCAUGGCUUAUCUAUAUGGGCCCCCAUCAAGUGUCCAAAUAUCACCCUUAUCCAAACUAGUAGGCCCAACUCAACCACCUCUCUACAGAGCAGUCACUUGGAAUGAGUACCUUGGCACUAAAGCUAAACAUUUCAACAAAGCACUAUCUAGGGUUAGGGUUUGUGCUCCACUAAAUGGAUCCUUUGUUGAUGUAAAUGAGCAUAAUAACAAUAAUAAUAAUAGUGUAAAAGUAGGGUAGCUAGAUGGAAUAUCAACUUUUUAUCUUUUUCCUUUUGUAAUUAAAAUCCAGUUUUGUCUUGAUGUGCAAUUCCUUUUUCCAAGACUUUUGAUUGGUUA